AUGCACGCCGGCGCUUCGUCCAUCGCAGCCUGGCUCAGCCUGUUCGCGGCGACGAUUUCAUUCAUCUCGGUCAUCGACGCUACCCCACUCCCCAAUGGGAAAACGGACACCACGAAAACCAAUGGAAGCAAGGCCAAGGAUGACGAGACUUGCACUGCAGUCGGCCAGUUCCCUACGGCCAUCAACGGUGCUUGCGUCUCUUGCUCGUCGCAAUUUCCAGAGGCUUCGGCUUGCACGACCACCGCUGCUACCCGAUGGUCAGUUGCUGCGGUGUAUCGGGCACUUGGGCUUGCGGGAUCGACCCGACUGAAACUCUCGAUAUCUAAAUUAUUAACCGUUCGUAGCUCGACUGGUUCCCUGUCUGCUGGUGCCUGUGAGUACAUGCGUUUUAACCCCAGGUUUUGAGCCGAGUUUGGGCGAUACUGAUCGCCGUCGUCUUGCUCGCCCUCAGGUGUCACCGUUUGCCCCAUUAGUACCUUCAGCGUCAACAACGUUUGCACAGCAUGCACAAGCAAAUUUCAAGGGGCUGCUGCAUGCACAACGACCGGCGCUACCAAAUGGUGAGCCCAUCACCUGGCACAGAGGUAGUUUGAAUUCAAAAUCUCAUUACCUUUCGUGCUUCCGUGUGCGGCUUCUCGUAUCACAGCAACAGCGGGUUCCUCACCGGAGGUCAAUGCGCGAGCGUUUGCCCCACCGGUUUUGUCAAUGCGGCUAGCACGCGAACCUGCAUGCCUUGCACCAAAUUCGACACCCUCGCGGCAACGUGCAGCGCCGGAAAGAUCGCCACUUGCGUUCCAGGAGCUUAUGUGCGUUACCUCGCGGUCCCUCAUUACGGCUCAUCUGGCGCUAAACCUGACGUUCAUUUUGGGUAUAGUUGAAUGCGGCAAAGAACGACUGCAUUGCUUGCAACACCGUCAACAAGUUUGCCUCCGCUUGUUCGAGCUCUACCAUCGUCACGGCGUGCACGUGAGUUUUUCGUGCACGUUCGAUCAGGGGGACCACUCGCUGGCAGGGUCUGACCCGGCCUCCAAUGGUCAUCUUGCAGGGCGCCGUACACCGUUUCCGCCGACAAGAAGUCCUGCAUCCUUGGCACCGCGUGGUCGAUCUACCUCCUCUCGAGCAUCCCCGACACGCCUUACCAAUCCAACGCCCGCUCCCCCGGUUCCUGCGGAAACCGUGCCGUCGGCAAGGGAGCACAAGUCGCCGUCUUUGAUUCCGACUCUUCGACGUGCUAUGCGUCGCCAUCCAACACCUCGUUCUCGACCAUGGCGAACCUUGUAUGGGACUUCGACAGUACCACGAUCGUCUAUGGCACUUGCAAGAAGAACAACGCGCUGAACCCCUCCGCCAACGCGCGUUGCCGAGAUGUAAUCCUGACGACUGGGUCGUGCAACUUGGUAUCCGAUCGGUCCUCGUGUUCGACUCUCUUCACCCCCUGUGCUGGAGAUCAGUUCCGCAACUACAGUCAGUUCCUAUCUCGCGGUGCGCGAAUUUCAAGUUUGCUUUGCUGGGACUUCGGUGCCAACCUAUCUUCCUACUUCCAUCCACAGACGGAAUCUGCCAAGACUGCGACGACGUCUACGACGACUCUCUAACCUGCGAUAUCUUCAACGGUGCGACAUCCUGCAUCGCCGGCGACUACCUCACCAAUGGCACUUGCAGCUCAUGCUCGGACUUUGAUCCCAACGCGGCCAGCUGCUCGGCCGACGGCACCGUCGACGGUUGUAACGAUGGUUGGGUUGUCUCUGGUAACUCUUGUGUCGUCGACGGUAGUGAUGUCGCUCACGUCGGCCUCGAUACCGCUUGGUCGUACUACCCCGAUUCGAGCAUCCACAACCUCGCUUCCCUCACCGUCCUCAACACCAACUCGCUGGACCAAUACGACUGCGCCGAAAGCGUCUAUGACUCCAACUUCACCAUGGCUGUGUUUGACCCCACGUCUCGUAGUUGCUACGCUGCUAAUGCGACGACGGCUCUGACGAAGUCGAUCACGGACGUCGAUGGUGCGAGCGUGUUCGUUAUUGAGGUGUGCGCAGCGAACCUGGCUCAAGGUAAGCUCCCUACGCUUCUUUGUGAAUUCACUGCUAUACAAGACCUGGAAGCUGACUUCAAUUCCCCUCAUUCUUUCAGUCCCUACCAACCAAGGCAGCACUUGCUACGACAUCAAGCUCGACAGCGCCUCGUGUCAGGUCAACGGAGGUUCGUGCAAUUGA